AUGGAGCACAGCCACUUCCCUGUUUUUUCCCCAAACGGGAGCACCUGGAGCACGGGGCAGAAUCCCUCUGAGGCUGCCCAGGGAUGCCCUCUCGGACCACUACCCGUCAUCUACUAUAGUGUCCUGCUCUGUCUUGGCCUACCGGCUAACAUCCUGACCGUGGUAAUCCUGUCCCAGCUGGUGCUGCGUCGUCAGAAGUCCUCCUACAAUUAUCUCCUGGCUCUGGCCGCCGCCGACAUCCUCGUUCUGUUCCUCAUUGUUUUUGUUGACUUUAUAUUGGAGGAUUUUAUUUUGGCAGCGCCGCUGUCUCCGUCAUUAAAUAACGCAGUUCAGGUGCUGGAGUUUUCCUCCAUCCACACCUCCAUCUGGAUCACCGUGCCUCUUACCAUUGAUCGUUACAUCGCUGUUUGUCAUCCUCUGCGCUACCACACGGUCUCCUACCCAGCCCGCACACGCAGAGUGAUAUUCACCGUCUACGUUGGAUGCUUGCUCUCUGCAGCUCCCUACUACUGGUGGCCUGAGUUUUGGCACAGCCUUCAUGGACUGGGUAGUAGUGAUCGAGGAGGGGGUGGAAGAGAAGGAGGAGGAGGAGGAGAAGAGGGCGACAAAAGAACAGUGGCCCAGCACGUCCUUGUGUGGGCCCACUGUGCCACCGUGUACCUCCUACCCUGCACGGUCUUCUUCUCCCUCAACGCCGUCAUUGUGCGUAAGCUGCGCAGACGCCGUAGCUGUUUCCGUCUGCGUGGUUAUUCAACCGGCAAGACCACCGCCAUCCUCCUCGCCAUCACCUCCAUUUUUGCUGUUCUGUGGGCACCGCGCACCCUCGUGAUCCUCUACCACUUCUACUCGUCUCCCCCGGCAUCACAAACUGCCAGCCGUCUGCUCCACGUACUCACAGAUCUGGCAAACAUGCUAGCGCUGCUCAACACCGGGAUCAACUUCUUCCUCUACUGCUUCAUCAGCAAGCGGUUCCGGAGCAUGGCGGCCAAUGUGCUGCGAGCCUUGGUUCACUGCCGGAAGCAGCCGCCGCCAUUCUACGCCAGCCACAACUUCUCCAUCACAAGCAGUCCCUGGAUCUCACCAGCCAACUCCCACUGCAUCAAGAUGCUGGUGUACCAGUAUGACAAAAAUGGGAAGCCCAUCUGCAUUUCCUCUUGA